CUCUUCAUCUACUCUUUCUGAACCUUUCCUGUCUUUCAUCUGUACCGUUUUGAGUUUUUGAAGCCAGCGAGUGAUAUCCCAAAGAGCUCUUGCGCAGUAUCGCCAUAUUUGUCGUCGAGCUCUCCUCGACUCAUAAAAGAUUGAAUUCAUCGACAACGUAUAAUUUACACGCAGAAAUCCACAAUGUCUGAGGGACCUCUUUACCUUGGGUUUGACUUGUCAACUCAGCAGCUAAAAGCAAUCGUAAUCCAGUCCGACCUCUCCGUUGUUUCCUCCGCUAAGGUUGACUUCGACGGCGACUUCGGCGCCAAAUAUGGCAUCAAGAAGGGUGUCCAAGUAAACAAAGUCGAUGGUGAGGUUUUUGCGCCCGUUGCCAUGUGGCUUGAGGCCCUCGACCUCGUCCUCCAACGCCUUCAGGAGGCCAAGACCCCUCUCAACCGCAUCCGUGGUAUCAGUGGUUCUUGCCAACAACAUGGCAGUGUGUACUGGAGCCGAGAGGCUGAGAAGCUUCUCGCAGAGCUACAAGCGGAUAAGCAGAGGGGGGAUCUGGUGGAUCAGUUGAAGGGAUCCUUCUCCCAUCCUUAUGCGCCCAACUGGCAGGACCACAGCACGCAGGCUGAGUGUGAUAAGUUUGAUGAGGCUCUUGGGACAGCGGAGAGGUUGGCCCACGCUACGGGAAGUGCGGCACAUCAUCGCUUCACUGGCCCUCAAAUAAUGCGCCUCCGCCGCAAGCUCCCCGACAUGUACGCCUCCACCUCGCGCAUCUCCCUUGUCUCUUCCUUCCUCGCGUCUCUCUUCAUCGGCUCCGUGGCGCCCAUGGACAUCUCCGACGUCUGCGGCAUGAAUCUCUGGGACAUUCCCAGCAACACUUGGUCCGAGACUCUCCUCGCCCUGGCCGCCGGUGGCUCUACCGAAGGCGCCGCCGACCUCAAGGCCAAGCUAGGCGAAGUCCGUCUCGACGGCGGCGGCAGCAUGGGCAAGAUCAGUCCUUACUUCGUUGGCAAGUACGGCUUCUCCUCGGACUGCGAGAUCGCGCCCUUCACUGGCGACAACCCGGCCACGAUCCUCGCCCUCCCGCUCCGCCCGCUCGACGCUAUUGUGUCUCUAGGAACCUCCACCACUUUCCUGAUGAUCACGCCCGUCUACAAGCCUGACCCAUCUUACCACUUCUUCAACCACCCGACCACCCCGGGCCAGUACAUGUUCAUGCUCUGCUACAAGAACGGCGGUCUGGCCCGCGAGAAGGUCCGGGACUCUCUUCCCGCCCCAUCCAACAGCUCCGCAGACCCCUGGGAGACCUUCAACCAACACGCCCUCUCCACCCCUCCGUUGGACGUCUCCUCACCAGCAACCGACAAAGCCAAACUGGGCCUUUACUUUUACCUCCCCGAAAUCGUCCCCAACAUCUCAGCCGGCACCUGGCGGUACGAGUGCUCCGCCACCGACGGCUCCGAUCUCCAACCAGUCAGCCAGCCUUGGCCCGUGGAAAAGGAUGCGCGCAUCAUCGUCGAGUCACAAGCGCUUUCCAUGCGUCUGCGCUCUCAGAACCUUGUUUCCACGCCCCCCUCCACCCCCUCUGGAACGUCGUCGUCGUCCUCUUCUUCGGCACUACCGGCCCAACCCCGCCGCAUCUAUCUCGUUGGAGGCGGCUCUCUGAACCCGGCCAUUGCACGCAUCAUGGGCGACGUGCUAGGUGGCGUGGAUGGGGUGUACAAGCUCGACGUGGGCGGUAAUGCGUGUGCACUGGGAGGAGCGUAUAAAGCCGUUUGGGCGUUUGAGAGAAGGGAUGAGACGGAGACGUUUGAUGAGCUGAUUGGCAAGAGGUGGAAGGAGGAAGGGGCGAUACGGAAGGUGGAUGAGGGGUAUAAGAGGGGGGUGUUUGAGGGGUAUGGGAAUGUGUUGGGGGCAUUUGGGGAGAUGGAGGGGAAGGUUUUGGAGGUGGCGAGGAAUAAGUAAGGGUGGUAUUACUGAUGGUUUAGAUGAGGUGGGAUGACCGAAAUCUGUCGUCUGUAACUGUGAGAUAACAAUGGCUUAGACAAGAGAUUCUAGAGGUUGGUUGUAGAGGACUCGGAUUGCGCUCUUCACUUUGCACGAUCCUUUUGAUAUUGUCAAAAUAUACAUAACCUCUAGAAGAAUAGGGAUUUAUACUUGGACUCAG